AUGAAACUUAUUUUACUUGUUCUUACGAUUGUGAAAUUCGCUUGGAGUUCAUCAUCUUCGUACAAGAUUAUUUCUGCUACAGCUUGGAUAACCACACCUAUUUCGCUUUAUCCAGAUUUUUCAGCCAGCUUAACAUCUAUCGAUUUCCAUCCAUCUAUUUUUCAAUAUUCUUUUAAUGGUCCAAGCACAGUUUUUACGUGUACUACGCGUAGUUGUAAGCAAGUCAGUAUGGUACCAAUGCCAGGUUUGAAUGUAGCACGACUAGCGUACGGUGGUGUCUCGUCACGUCGCAUUCAACAGCUAUCUCCUGUCGUUGUUGGUACACAAUUCUUUUUAUCAACUGGUUAUGCUACACCAAAUCGUGAUACUGAACUAAUUGCUUGUGCUGCUGAAGAUCCAACUUGUUCAAAGCCCAACGUUAUGAAUACAGUCAACAGUCCAGGAUUUGGACAAGCUGGUCUUCGCCUGACAUUCACUCGACCACUUGGACUACCAAUUAUGUUAAUUCCCGAAGCACGCUAUGCAUCACGGGAUAAUCGAGUGACAGGUUACACGAUCGAAGCUUGUCAAGAUCCGCUAUGCCAUUUUUCCCGUUCACGUUCAUCACUACCAUUCAAUCUUACUGGUAAUGCUAACUGUUUGGGCACUAGUAUAGACGUAGCACUUAAUCGACUCGGUUUCCCAUCAUGGCUCACUAUGUGUGGAACAGAACUCAAUUUAAUUCAUUGUCUGAGUGCAACAUGUAAUGAGACAUUAGUAAAUCAAUUCAAGGUUAAUCACGACUUUGUCUAUUUCACUUAUUUGGCUGUAGAUUCACAAUUUCGAUUCACAAUCGCCACCACUGGACAAACAGCACAGUCGGAUAUUACUUAUAUUCGUUGUCUUGAUCCUAAUUGUACUCAAUCAAUUCAAUCACAGCUUACGAUUGCCAAUCGAACUUCACCAACAAGAACUUCUAUUGCUCGCGUUCAAGUUGUUAUUGAUACACUUACCGAUUUGCCUGUAUUUCAUCUGACGGGCUCCAUAUAUCCUUCGAAUGUUCCUGUGUACAUGUUUGUAGCAUGUCAAGAUAUCGAGUGUGAUAUGUCUGAAGCUGUUUAUUUUGAUUACGGUGCUCAUUUUGGUUUGAAUCGAGUGCAAGUAAGCGAUCUGUUUGUGGAUGAUGAAGGAACAGUUAUUGCCAGCAUUCGAGCAGUAUAUACAUCAACAAACGAUACGAUCAACGCUAUCGUGAGAAUGGCUCAAUCGAGUGAAGCAGAAGUUGAUAGGUUUACAUUUGUGGAACCUAUCUUGAUUAAUUAA